GGUCAUGACAUGUCAUGACAUUCUGGCAUGCGACGUGACUGAUGACAACCACGAAAUGGCGAACCUCCAGGCGAUUCAAAAACUCGCCAAACAGGCACUGGACACUUUCCGAUCAGUCAACGGAGACAAGAAUGUAUUCCUGGAUAAACUGAGUUCCCUGCGGGCGAGUAUGAAUCGAAUCCGAGCCGCCGAUCUGGGCAUAGACGACGCCGUUGCAGCGGGCCGUGACCACCAGCCCUGGUCGGCUCCCGUCGGCUACAUGUUCGUGGCGGAGAACCCGUUGGUGUCCAUGGGCGUCUUCGUGGUGCAGCGCGGAUGCCGGCUCCCGCUGCACGACCACCGCUCCAUGCACGGCGUCAUCAAAGUGCUCACCGGCACGGUACGGAUGCGAUCCUACGACCUGCUCACGGAAGAGCAGAGGGAGACGAUCAAGCUCCCAGAUCUGAGCGGGUUCUCUGCAUCCUCUGCUGGCUCGACCGAUCCACAUGAUUUAGACUCUGCAGUGCAGCAGCUGGCGAGAACUCUACACCCAGUCCGGCCCAGGGCAGAGCUUGAACUGACCCCAGACAGCGAGCCGUGUGUUUUGGGCCCACUCGAGGGCAACGUACACUCCAUCGAGUCGGUCGGCGGACCGGCAGCUUUUCUGGACAUCCUUUCGCCACCCUACGAUCCCGAAGUCGGGAGGGACUGCGUGUACUACAAGGAAACCAAAUUCACAGAUUCCGAGGAGAGUGUGGGGGAUGUGAGGUGGUUACGGAGGAUCCCACAACCGGCCAGUUUCUGGUGUUCUCAGGAAGAUUAUCUUGGUCCACCAGUCGAUUUGGACAGUUUAUAACGUAAAUCAUUAGCAUCGCACUCCACAACUGAAAGCACUUGGAAUGAGCUCUCCAAACAUUAAGAUUGCAGCCUGCAACUCCAUCAAUUUUUUUGACAACAAAUCACAUGGAACUUGGGCCACUUUUCACUUUCAACUAACCCUCAUUAUCUUGAUACAAGCGUUCAAUGAAAAUACUAAGAUGCAAAAUAAUUAAUUUAGGAAAAAAUGUUGCAACCUGACACCACUUUUUUUCACA